UUCGGGAUGAGAGUUACAACACGUCAAUCCAUCCACCAGGUCAAUUCGGACUGUGAUCGCCAGGAUAUGGCCGCAGGGACGCUCCCUGGAAUGGACAAACUGCGCCGCUUGUGCGGAACGGUCACUGAAAGUUCUAGGUUUGGAGAGGCCUUGCUUACAGGAUACCUCAUACCCGGCGAGGUAGGAUCUAUGGGCAUGGCUUAGAUAUAGUUAAGAGCUUGACUUACCGCCCCGUACCUAAUGUCCUCACGCACCCUUUUUUGGCUUCGCGCACCCUCUGAUCUGACAAUGAAGUGGGUCGUUGUCGGCUGUAAAUUUCUGUCCUCCCAUUGUUACUAGCUUAGUGUUUGCAUUGAAUUCAUCCGUCUGAUUGUGUUCUUUCUCUUAUCUAUAUAUAGGUUGUCACGCUUCUCUUCGUAGC